GUCAUUCGUUCCAUUUCAUUCGCGCACCGGCAAAUCAAUCGAUACAAAGUGUCAAACUCAAUAAAUUAUACAUACUCCCUCGCCAAUGUUUCCCACGACCUCUCUAAUUACUCGAGGUAUUACUGCAUUUACCUCGCGAACAGCACGAGCGCUGCACACGUCUCUGCUAGCCAUGGCACCAAUAAAGGUUGGAGACAACAUACCGGCAGCGGAUUUAUUUGAGGAUUCACCAGCGAAUAAAGUGAACACGUGCGAGUUGGGUUCGGGAAAGAAAGUUGUAUUGUUCGCCGUGCCCGGCGCCUUCACCCCGGGCUGCUCGAAGACACACUUGCCCGGCUACGUGCAAAAUGCCGACAAGAUCAAGGCCGAUGGAGUUGAUGAGAUCGUGUGCAUCUCCGUGAACGAUCCUUAUGUGAUGGCUGCAUGGGGGGCCCAACACAAUACUAAAGGAAAGGUCCGAAUGCUAGCUGACCCCAAUGGCACAUUCAUCAAGGCCCUGGACCUUGGAACUAACCUGCCUCCGCUCGGUGGUUUCCGUUCCAAACGAUUCUCUAUGGUCCUCAACGACAACAAAGUUGAACAGCUGAAUGUUGAGCCAGAUGGCACUGGUCUUUCAUGCUCCCUUGCGGACAAACUAAAAGUUAAGAAGUAAAAUGUUUGAGCAUUUAUAACUGACCGUUGAAGUAAAGAUAUAGUUUAUGAAUUAUGUAGUUUAUAUUUGGAAAGUAAUGUCAAAGACUAGUGAAGCUACGUUUUUGUUUCAGCGGUCAGGUCUAUCGUGACUGUAAUACACACCUAUAGCUUUAAACAGGUCGUAGACUGUUGGAGCACUCCCUUGUGAUAUAUCCAAUAACGAAUUAAACAUGUCAAUCCAAAAAAAAA